AAAGGGAGCUGAGCGGGGGUUGGAGCGCAGAGCCCCCGAGGGCGCUGGACAGUGCUGGGCGCUAUCGCAGCGCACCUGGAGGGGCCAGAACUCCGAGGGGCGCUGUGCCCAGAUCACCAAGAGCAGAGGGCGCCUCAUCCAACGAGCGCUCUUGGGGUCUUUGCCAAGAGGCAGCUCUGGCCCCUUCUAGUACCUAAAGUCAAUCCUGAGACCCCAGACAUGUCCAGAGACAUCCUGAAGAGACUGAGCAACUAAGGAGCCUUAAGGUAUCCAUAAGGAGAUUCCUGAAGCCAUCUCAGAGUCAGAGAGUUGGCCUGCCAUUUGCAUCCUCUGAUUCUCUCCCAGCUUCAAUUUCUGUUGCUAUGGAGACUACCAAUGGGACUGAGAUGUGGUAUGAGAGCCUGCAUGCGGUGCUGAAGGCCUUAAAUGCUACUCUUCACAGCAACUUGCUUUGCCGGCCAGGACCAGGACCAGGGUCAGAUAACCAGACUGAGGAGCGGCGGCUCAACCUCCCUGGCCGUGAUGACAACUCUUACAUGUAUAUUCUCUUUGUCAUGUUCCUGUUUGCUGUUACUGUGGGCAGCCUCAUCCUGGGAUACACCCGUUCUCGCAAAGUGGACAAGCGUAGUGACCCCUACCAUGUCUACAUCAAAAAUCGUGUGUCUGUGAUCUGACACAAAGGGGCUGGGGAUGGUGGAAGAUUAAGACACUUGAGGAUUGUCUUCUGGAACCUCCAGAACUCAGCUAUGGACCACAUCAGCUUCACUGUCUCUAUAAAGUCAACAAGAAACAGGGCUAAGGAAGGUCAUCAAUGGGAUGUGAGAGGAGGCUACCAGGCCUGGGCCUUGUGGCUAAAACUUUUUAUGUAACAGUGGGAGCCUAUGAACAAACACAGAACAGUACAAAAAAGAUAAUGACUAAUGAUUGGUCAAGUGGCAGGAGUACUUGGGGAUGGGGUUGAAAGAAGGAGAAGUUGUAGCAAAGGGAAAUGAAACAGGAAGAUGCUCUGGAGACAUUUUUUAAUGUGUUAUCUUCAACAACCAUGAGAUGCAGUAAUGAUUAUCCCAUAUCGUGGACAGGAUGUCUGAGUAAAUUUACUUAUUUAUGUUAGUUCACAUUUUUGGGUGGUUUUUAAAACACACACAUUUAACAUUUGUGGUUUUACCUUUUUAUACCCUGCACAAAAAGCAGGCAAAGUGCCAUGCUGCCCAUUUGGGCCAGAGAGGUACCAUGACUGGGAACCCCAGAGCUCUGCUCUCCUUGCCUAGCACUUCAAAACUCUGUGUUACACUGGAGUGGACCCAAGCCUAAAGCAUAUACAGUUCUGGGGAUUCUCUUUAAGAAAAAGAAUCAGCGAGGCCCUAAACAACUUAAUAAGAGCCUGUCUUACAAUAAAAAAUAAAAAAGGACUAGGGAUGUGGGUGUGGCCCCUGGCUCAGUGGUAAAACACUCUAGAGGUCAUUACCUGGCGCAAUAAAAAGAGAGAAGAAAGGAAAAUUCAAAAGUACCUUACUUUAGUAAAGAUUACAAAAAUGCACCACCAUGUCUCUAGUCAUGGGACCUUCACUACAUCUAAAGCAGUCUCUUCUGCUUUGAUUACAUUCUGUGACAUAUCUUCUGAUACUAAGUUGGAAUUCUCUUCUAGAACAUUAUUAUCACACCUAUGAGAUUAUCAUAUUAACAGAUUCAGAAGCCCUGCUUCUGCCACUAAUAUGGUAAAUGACCUUAGGCUGGUCAUUUUUCUCUCUAGUCCUUUUUCUCUCUGGUCCUUUUUAUUCUUCAGCACGAUGUAAUAAUUAAACUCGAAAGUCUCCAAGGAACCCAUGAGUUCUGUCCUAAGCUUCAUAUGCAUUAAGUUGAACCAUGUAAAAUUGCUGUGUUUUUAUAGGACAAAAAUUGCCAAAUAUCAGUAAUUUCAUGUAGUUCAAUCUAAUUUGUACAAUAUGGAGAGUGAAUUAUUUAAAAGCUAUUUGCCCUGAAUCCCUGACUGGAGCUGCUCACCAUUCUGUCUGUCUGAUUUCAAUUUAAUGGAUCUCUAUGUGGUAUCCAGCAGGCCCCACUGAAACGUACAUGUUUGUGUAUAGCAAAACUCUGAAAGACUAUUUUGAUCUCUGAGGAAUAGGAUUAUGUAUGAUUUUUUCCCUUUCUACUUUAUAAUUGUAUAUAUAAUACUCGACUUAUUUGACCAUAAGUAUGUUACUUAUGUAAUAAGUGGGAGAGGAGCUACUUCCACUUUGAAAAAGUAAAAAUAAAUGCCUUUGUGUUUCUUGAA